GAGGAUGACAGACCCUCCCUCUGACGCGCUCAAACUGCUCUGAGAUCAGCCUGUGUUUGUCAGAGCGCAGCGGAGCGCGCGCAGCUCCGGACGCACCUGAGCGGUUCGCGCGAAGCAGUGUGACCACCACGACGGUCUCUCUCUCUCUCUCUCUCUCACGCACACACACACACACACACACACACACACACACACGCGCACACCCUCUCGUGGAACAUCUGCCACGUCGCCUCCGAUGGAGAGAGGGGCCGAAACCCCCCCGGCGGGUCGUCACUGAAGCGGACUUCCAGAUUGAUCAAUCGGCUUCUGCUGAAAGCGGGACUUUCAGGAAGAGCAGGAAGUCCGGAGAGCUCCGCGUGAAAUCUUCGCUACGAUGUCCCGCACCGUCUGCGUGGAAAACUUAAAGGCAUGCUGCGUGGCGAGGGACGCGUUCGUGCGAGCAAGCCGGAGCAGAUGGACUCCCGCCCCGCAGCACACCUGAUGUGAUCUUUGUUGCUGAAUGGGUGACGAGCUUCCAGUCGCUUCAUACACUCGACGCAUUGUGCAGGACAGGUUCCCCCAGCCGGGUUGCAGUGAUGUACCAGGAGGUGGCCUUCUUGGCAGGCAACACUGACCACCAGUUCACCCCUUUCCGCUUUAACCGUGUGGAAAAUCCACAGGAAGUCACAUCCAAGAAGGGCUUGUUCUACAAGAGAGCCCAGGUUCUGCUCCAGCCUCAGCCGAACCAGCAGGACAGAGACGAGGCGGGCGUGGCCGACAGAGCGGCCAUUAUCAACGUCGGGGGGAUCAAGUAUCACAUCCCCUGGUCCACGCUGGAUGAGUUCCCGCUGACCCGACUGGGCAAGCUGCGCAGCUGCAGCAACGAGGCCGAGAUCAUGGACGUGUGCGACGACUACGACGUCAGCCGCAACGAGUACUUUUUCGACCGGAACCCGUCUGCCUUCCGCAUCAUAGUGACCUUCCUGGCGGCGGGGAAGCUGAGGCUGCUGAGGGAGAUGUGCGCCCUUUCCUUCCAGGAGGAGCUGCUCUACUGGGGCCUGGAGGAUGACAACCUGGAGUGGUGCUGCCUCCGCAAGCUGCGCCUCAGGCAGGAGGAGUACAAGGAGCUGCAAAGGCUGGAGGAGGAGGAGGCCGAGCUCACCUCCCCGCAGUCCUGCGAGGAGAGCCAGCAGCCUCCGAGCGGGCCGGAGGAGACCUUCUCGGGGGGCUGCAUGCGGAGGCUCAGGGACAUGGUGGAGAACCCGCACUCGGGCCUUCCUGGCAAGAUCUUCGCUUGCCUGUCUGUGCUGUUUGUAGCCAUCACCGCGGUGACACUGUGCGUCAGCACCAUGCCGGACCUCAGAGAGGAGGAGGAGAGGGGUGAGUGCUUCCAGAGGUGCUACAACAUCUUCGUCCUGGAAACGGUCUGCGUCGCCUGGUUCUCCCUGGAGUUCCUGCUGCGCUUCAUUCAGACUCAGAGCAAGUGCACGUUCCUGCGCACGCCGCUCAACGUCAUCGACGUGGUGGCCAUCCUCCCCUACUACAUCACCCUGAUCGUGGACUCUCUGUCUGUGGGGGACAAGCCCGCGGGCUCGGGGAACAACUAUCUGGAGAAGGUGGGCUUGGUCCUCCGGGUCCUGCGGGCCCUGCGGAUCUUCUACGUGAUGAGGCUGGCCCGCCACUCGCUGGGCCUGCAGACGCUGGGCCUGACGGUGAAGAGGUGCACGCGCGAGUUCGGCCUGCUGCUGCUCUUCCUCUGCGUGGCCAUGGCCCUCUUCGCGCCGCUGGUGUUCCUCGCCGAGAGCGAGAUGGGCGCCAAACAGGAGUUCACCAGCAUCCCCGGCAGCUACUGGUGGGCCGUCAUCUCCAUGACCACCGUCGGCUACGGCGACAUGGUCCCCAGGAGCAUCCCAGGGCAGGUGGUGGCGCUCAGCAGCAUCCUGAGCGGCAUCCUGCUCAUGGCCUUCCCCGUCACCUCCAUCUUUCACACCUUCUCCCGCUCCUACGUGGAGCUGAAAGAGGAGCAGAACCGGGCUCUGAGGCAGAAGCCCGACUCGCAGGACAGCACCAAGUCGCAGAACAGCGAGGACUCGCAGGAGACGGACAGCUACCGUGGCAUGGCGGAGGCCACUGCGGCGGCGGCGCACAGGAGGAAGUCCAUGGCUGCUCAGAGGGCAGCCGAGAUUAGAGCGUCCAUGAACACUUAGACGCCGACGGUUGAGUGACUAUUCUGUGGAAGCUGUGACACCCGUCAUGAGAAUUCAAAGACGACAAGCUGAAGAGAAGGGGGAGAUUUCCCUGCUUUGACUGCAGGACGUCCCUGUGCAUCAGAUUAUAUCUGCGGGUCGCCAGAAAUCUUUUUUUUUCUUUGCACAAAUCUUACUUCAACAUUUCAGAAACAGCACAAUAUGAUAGAUGAAACACCUUUAGCAACAUAAGACUGAUGGCCGGGAAGCUUGUGAAAAGGGAAUCUAACACCACAGCAUCACAUUCUGUUCUUCAGAACCUGGACUGAAACGCACACGGUGUUUUUAUUCUGAAAUGAAGGUGUUUGCUCAUUUGUCAGUCGUGCAUUAUGUGAAGAUGCAUACAGCAGAAACCAGAUAUGUACAUACAUCUAUUUCUUAGACAAACGUUUCCAGUUUUAUGUCAGUUGGCAGAGUGUUGUUUAAAGUGGGGGCCACCAGGUGGCGGCUGAGAAUCUUCAGAAAACCGAAACUGAAAAAAAAAAAAAUCUAUUUUUUUAAAAUAAAAUUUUUAAUCACUUUUUUAAAACCAUAACAUAGUUUUUUGUUAUUAUAAAAUAUAAAUUAAAAUAUUUUAUUGAAAUGUUAUUUUCCAUGUGUAUCUUUCUGAUUUGCUGCCAGUCAAAUUUGUCAAGCUGCUUUGGUCCUUAAGCAGCUUGACAAAGCUACCAGUCUGGUAGAUUCAGAAUCUACCAGACUGGUAGUCUAGUAGAUUCUGAAUAAAACCUAGACAGAAGAAACACCCUGUUAUGAAGAAUAAAUGUGAGAAAAAACAUUCUAAAAGGUGAUGCUUCUUUAAAUAUUUUGUAGCAUUUCCUGUAGCGUUAGCUUAUAGAGGUUCACCACCUAGAAGCUAACGCUGUUUGGGGCGCCCUGACAAGAAAAAGUUUGGGAACCACUGAGUUAGAAUUACUGAAAUCUCCACUAACAUCCUUUGAACAGUAUUAGAAAGCCUUAGAUGAUAAUGCCAUCUGAUUGUAACCCAUUUGAGUUACCUGGAUACACACUUAUGGAUGGAUGUAUACCAGAGAUUCAUGUGUUUUGCUGCUAAAUGUGUAUCGACACCAAAGGCAAAGGGAAAGAUUCUGACCAGUUGACAUGGAAGAAGCCAAAAAAAAAAAAAAAAGUCUACAAAUGCAAUGAAAUCGACAUAGACCUUCGUAUUUGGUCUAUGUCCAAAUAGACGAAGACAUUGGAAUAAGACAUUCCAAUGUCUUCUUAAAUUUUCUGUAUGUUUGGCCAUAUUCAGGACAUUUGGGAAAAAGAGGGAAGCUUUCAAAGAAAAAAAUUAUACCAAAUAUGAAGUAUGGAGAGGCAGCUUUAAAGAAAAUGAUUGUCUAAAACAAUCCUCUCAUAAUUCUGGCAUAGAGAAAAUAGAAAUAUUUUGUUUGAUUUGAUGUCAUACAUAGAGUGCAUGUAAAUAUCUGGUUUCGACUUCACAUUUUCAUUUUGGUCUUUGACUAAACCAGUUGUUAGAGGCGAGGUUGGAAUAAAUCAUGCGCACGUAAAACAAAGAAACACAAUUUACAUCUGAAAAGUGGUGUUAAAAAAUUUAAUUUAUUAUAGAGAACGAUGGGAUGACUGAACCUCAUGCAGACCCUUUUUAAAUAUGCCACUUUCCUGUUCCCUUAAAUACAUCGUAGCUAAAACAGCCAUUGUUUAUUAGGCACAGAAAUGAGGUCAGAUCCACUGCAGUGUUCUCAUAAAGUUCUGACUGAAUGAGUUAAUUACAUCCCAACCACCAAGCAGACAAAUCUGCAAACGUGACAUUUUCAAAAUUGAGACUCGACAGAUAAACCAAAUGAUAUUUUAUUACAUUAAUCAGUGUGAGGGUGUGUAUUAAAAUAAUCAUUUAAAAAAAUACAGUUAAGAGUUUCCAAAAAUAUUUACACCCCUUGAACUUUACUCUGUAAGCUCGUUACAAAAUGCAAACUGUGAUGCAUUUUUUGGGGAUUUUAUGUGACCGACACACAAAAUGUAGUGCAUUAUUAAUAAGCAGAAGGAAAAUUCUACAUAAAUAAGUGUAAGUCCUAUUGCGUUCUCUUCAUUUUGACGCUCCUGAAUAAAAUGCAGCUUCUAGACGCUUUUAGAAAUCAUCUACUUGGUAAACCCGAGUCGGUUUCUGCUUGCUUUAAUUUUACUUUAAAUCCAGCUGUUGAGGUUUGAGAGCAUCACUAAAAACCUGAAGAUCUCAGUCUGUUGAAGGGGGGUGAUUACAAUCAAUGCUCCUCUUUCCAGAGGUUUAAACUUCCUACAGCUUCCCAAUUUUGCACCUGUUUGUGUUCGUCCUCCGUCUCUUAAAACUCCAAUAAAAUACAGUGCAGUUUGUUGUUAUAAUUUUAAAAUCAAGUAGACUUUUUUCAUCAUGUUUUUAACCAUCUAUAUAUUGCAGGUAGUCGACUUUUUUUUUUAUGAAAGGGAAAACUUUUAUUUUUGGAAAACUGGAUUUCGUGAAAUUGCAAAAAAAAUAACAAAUUCUGACCUUUCCGAUAAACUUACUGUCAGACCGUAAAACUCAGCCUGAAGUUGUUCAUCUGUGUGCCUAAUUUAAUUUCAACAUUGUUCAGUUUUAGAGUUAAAAUAACAGUGGCCUUACAGUUGAGCGGUGGUAACCCUUAAAAAACUCAAAGCUAAGCUGAAAACUUGAUGGGACUUUAUUCCAGGUUUUUACCUCUCCAGCUGCAUGAUGUUUAAUGUAUCCAGCACAUUUCCUCUAAAUCAACUUGUGCCUAUUUCAUGUUUCACCAAACCCUGUUACAUCACUGAGAAUAUUUAUGCUAACAUUGAUUAGCCACGUUGCUGCUCCUCUAUGGCAUGUCAAACCUUCUUGGUACAAUAUUGUUUUCAUGUGGAGAAAACUGCACUGAGCUCUGACCUAACAACUAACUAGUUUCCUCUACUGGUACAAAAUUCACAACAAAAUAUUUCAUAGCAUGGUAGCACCUAGCUAAAUAUCAGAGGAGCUGUUAGCAUCUUCCAGAAUGGGUUUAAAGUAUGACGUCUAAACAAAUUUGAGUAUGGCUGAAGGAAGAUCAAAUUUAAUAUAAUGAAAGUUUAGACUGUUCGCACUAAGAGCACAAAUAUUCUUUGAAGACAUGAGUAUAAACCCACCUACUACUUUUUAAUUUAGCAUAAUCAGAUCUCAAACAUGAAGUUCAAAGGGCUUAAUAUUCGACUGUUUUUGCUGUAACUGCUGUUUGUUUGUUGCCACCGGUUGAUUCGGAGUAACAUUGUCCCUGCUGGUACACAGCCACCAUUUUGUGACCAAAAGUCUGGGCUGCACUUGGAUGAACACAGAGAGUCUAGAUUUUGCUCAUUACAAUUUUUAUGUCGCAUGGGUUUAGCUGUCCAGCAGAUAGCAAGUAGAGCACUAGAAAUUAUGGGAUGGUAAUAAAAACAAAUAGAGGUAUCUUCCUUUAAAAAAAAAAAAAAGCAGCAGCAUAAAUAUUUUAAGAAUGCGAUACCCUUUAACAACAUGCUAACGUAUAAUAUAAACAGCUAAUUUUGCAGCAUUUUGGAAAUGCUCACCAAUAGGUUUUUGUUUUACACAAUUUUUACUCAUUUACUCAUUUAAAUAAAACAGAGCGGUGGACUAGACAACCUGUUGUAAUGCAGACAUUUUUACAAUGGGAGAAAACAACCGAAAGGAAGAAAAAACCUCUAUCUCAACAGAUUCUUCCUGGUAACUCGUUUUUAGACUAAGAAGACAUGAUAUUAUCAGCUAUGACUUUCAUUGAUCCUUUUUGUCCAAUUCUGCAUCAGAUGGGCUACAUAGAAAAUAUCAAAGUUCACCAAAAAUAGAUAUAAAUAAUUCUCUUUAAUAUUUACUUGAAUUUGAACAGCAAUGACUUACAGAUCUGUUUAUAAGAAAUAUUUAUUUGUUGAUUCCCUCAGAGGGAUAGUUUGGAUUUUUCUUGACGCUUUGUUUUUGAACCCACACCUGAACAGGUGGAUCAUGCAAACGCAACUUGGGACACCAGACAUAAUUCACACUUACUUACUGUGAGACAACAGAUCACAACAAAAUAAUUUAAUCAAACAGUGACAUUAGUGGUAAAACCUUGGCAUUCACAUAGAAAAGACAGAAAAUGAAUUGUAUUUUAUCAAAGUUAUUAUGGUAAAAGAGUAACAUACUGACUACUUCUGAUCUGCUGACAACCCACUAAAAAAAACAAACUUCACCUCUUGUCUUGCAGUAACUGUCCUGCCCACCAGGGGUGCUCUUUCCUGGUUGAGACCAGAAAACUCAUUUGUCUAAAUCUUUGAUUUCCUCCCCCGAUAAUAAUAAUAAUAAAUAAUAAAAUAAUAAUAACAAUAAUAGCAAUAAUAAUAAUAUAGCUUUUCUAUUAUGGUAACUUUUCUUUAUGUUUUUAACCCGUUUAUAGGUGAGGUUUUAUCUAUAUUAGAUUUUUAUAAGUACAUAAAUGACAUCAGUCAGACAAACAAAAUCUUGUCUUGUAAAUGUUUUGCUUUGCAAGCGGCUGACAGUUUAUACUGCAGCCUGUGAAUCAAAGUGCUCUACUCUCUAAAACGAUCUCAAAGAUUCAAAGUAAUUCCCAGAAUCUUCACAUAAAUCUCGUUCUCCAGCGUCUUCAACUUCGAGCGAAUGCAUAACAGAAUCGAAAGCUCUCCAAAAACUGUUGAUGGUGAAACCGUCCAAAGCACCACUUUGCAGGCUGUUGGGGGGGGAGGGGGGGGGAACAAAACCCCCAACAUGUUGCACUUGCAGACUGAAUCUCUGGAUUAAAUGCAGGACCAAAGAGAAAAUAGCUUGAACACAUUACCCUCCAGAAACUGUUCUGUACAACAUGAAACGUUUUAAGCUGAUGAGGAGGUGUUGGAACGAACAUUAAACUGAAAUGAAUUUGCAGUUUGCAUCAUAAAUCCACCAGCCUGAGGAACAGUUGUGUGCGUUUUUUUUUUUUUUCUUCUAUUGGAAAAUGUAAUAAAGACUAUAAUAAACACA